GUGAUGCACACACGUGGUUGUACAAUACACAUAGGCUGGGGAUUUUUACCGAGCCACUUGGAGCCGAGCUGUUGACGCGGUAAGGCUGAUUACUCAAUACGUGCUGUUAAAGGCAAGGAAGAAGUGAUAACUAGAAAAGGAGGAACGGGAACAAUGGACCCAAAACAAUCAACAUGGGAAGUAGUAAAAAAAGAGGGAAAAUUAAAAAGGAACCAAACAGUGCGGAUGACGAUUGCUGGAGGCAGCAUACAGUACGCCCGGAAAAGUACAAAUGGACCACCGAAACAUUUGGAUGUUACCACUGUUAAAGGAAAGAAAAAUGCUACUCCCAGCAUUAAGUGGAAAGACGAGAAACUUCAAUUUUCUAUUAACAAGAAGAAGUUUCGGGCAAAUGGAGAAGACCAAUUCAAAGAGAUUAAGGACGCUUUAGUGAAGUUGAUAAAGACUCUUGAGGAAUCGGGUGUUGAACUUGACCAUCCACCGAUAGAAGAGGUCAGUCAACGAUACGACGAUCAGGAAGGGGUUAAAAAAGAACAAAGAGAUGAAGCUCAGCUGAAUGGCACAGAAGAAAAGACAGGAGGAAAAUACGAAGCUUUGCAGGAGACUGAAGAGGAAUUUCAAAGGGAAUCUAAACAUCUCAAACCUCUGGUCAUUCCAAAAUGUGAAGAUGUCAGGAAAAGUGAUGGGAACAAAAAGUCAUUUGCUCCACUUGAUAUAGCUACUCAAGGGGAGAUUCAACCUGUGGAACAACAUCACGUAUGGGAAGUUAAACAGCAACAGAAAGGGUUUUGGCGGCGAUCCAAGAUGAUCGAAAAGAAAAGAACUUUGGCUCUGGAGUUUAACAAGAUAAUAAUUCACAAAGGAAAAAAAUUGAAGAUGGAGAUAGAUCUAAUGUCGCCUGUCUGUCCAGAUUUUGAUGACAAAGACUGCACGAUCACUGUCAUCAUUGAUAAAGAAUCAUGGCGGUUCAGCAUGGACAAAGUUCAGUACCAAGAGAUUAAGACCGCUGUAGAAAUGAUACUGCGACAUCAUCAUACCACGGCAGCUGAUGCUGAGAUUUAUACCCAAACGGCUUCUUGUGUCCAAUCUGGAAACGAGCUUCAAUGCGUCACUGGGGAAAAAAGAAACCAGCUUGCUCAAACAACACCAACAGUAAAUGAUAAGAGAGAAAUGACCAUCUUUCUGCUUGACGACAACAUAAAAGGCUUGGAGAACUUCACGUUUGACUUCUUAUGUUCAUCCGAUAAAGAUGUAAAAAGUCUCGAGUUGUUUAAGACCAGUAUUCACACGGAGGAGCAUUACGAUCACCAAGGAAAGCAAUCUCUGUGUGCAGAUGAUGUCGGUGAAGCCAGUGAUAUUGUCAGGAAGGUUUAUCAGGAUGAUGCUGAACAGAUGGACCAUAGGCACGAGAUAAUAGCUACAAGACCUGUGGGCGAUGUUGCAGAGAUAUGUUGCAAAGCUGUGUCGCCUGAAGGUAUGUUGGAAUCUGUCACCAAAGGUACUGGGCAUUUAGAUACUGCUGAUAAACACAAGGAUACCAGGACGAAAUCACCAAUCAAGUCCUCCUUGGACUCCAAAGAUGAUGUCUCGAAGACUAUGUACAAUGCUGUUGAAGAGCUAGAUACAGUUGAUGAACAUUCAAAUAUCAUGACGCAAACCACAUUCAUGCCGUCAGAUUCCAAAGAAAAAUUUUCAGAUAUGACGGCAAAAAAAGAAGUUGAUAUCCCCAAAGACGUCUUUCCUGUUGCCAACGGAAAUGCGACGGUAGCUACAUCUGUUUCCAAGAUGGGGAACAAAGUACAAACCGAUAGAGGAACUGCCAAAGCCAAACGACCAAGUCUUAAAGGUGUGGUGCAGGAAUACGGUAGGAAAGGUUUGAAAAAGUUGAAGUCCAUAAUGUGGAAAAGGUUAAAAAAGGAGAGAUAUAAUCCAGAUUCAAAGACCUCACAUAUACCAUUACAAAUUGAUCAAUUGGAAGAAGCAAAAUUAGUUGGUUCUGAUGAAGACAAAAGAACUUCGAAAAUGGAUUCGGUCGCACCAACAGCUGAAAAAUACUUGCUUAACGAAGAAAUUCCUGCACGGGAUGGGAGAAAUCAAGCAGGUGAGGUAUUAAACCGAACAAAUGGAAACAGUCUUGCGGCCGAAUCAAGCUCUUCUGAAGACGAGAAAAUGCGAAAACAAAAACAACUUCCGAAAGGUAAGAAGAAAAAAGUCUUUUCUCUCAGGAAAGCAUUCAAGUCUGGCUUACACUAUGGUAAAAACUUGGGCUGUGUAUUGGUAGGAAUAUUUUGGGAGGCUACAGGGAAAGUUGUUCAAAAACUGCUCGAAUCAUUUAAAAAGGAACCUGACUCAAAACAUGAUGAUGAAAGGACACUUAGAAACCAAGAGGUUGAGAAAGAUGUAAGGUCAGCAGCACAGAGGGACAAAAGACCGACAGAGGUUGCCCAACAAUCGCCACAGAUCGCUGGAAUUGUCCACACAUCCACAGCGCUAACCAAAAUUCUCUUUGCUACAACAUUUUCCAGUCUGUUCACAACCGUAUGUGGGGACAACAGCAAAAUUGACAUGGGCUAUAUGAAUGACAGCUUAGGAAUAUCCAUGGAUGUAGCUAUCGCGAUUGGAAUAACAGCAAUGGGAGCAACUGCAAUAGUGGUUUGGUUGAGAAGGCGUGGCGUUCGUCCAAUUGUGCCACGCGCAGACAGGCCUCAGUUAAACUACAGGAGAAACGGACCUGGGCAAGGCCAGCCCAAUCAUAUUCAUAUUGGAGCGACGAUAAGAGUGGAACCUCCAAACGACCGAUUUGCCCUGGCUGUACAGGAGGUUCAGUUACCGACGGGUGCCAACCAGAUGAUGGUCGUUUCUGGAAAAUAAAUGAAGAAAUGUCUGACAAUUUACAUUUGACAAGAGAAUAUGAACUGAUUAUGAGAAGUAGGACACCACGAAGAAUCGACUUUUACUGGUAAAAUACUAACAACAU